UUUCUCUCCAAACCCCCCAACCACCUUCCCCUUCUCACCUGAUUUCCGUUUCACGGUGCCAUCCAUCGUACACUGUUACCACGGACAAGCGCCCAUUCCCGUCCAGCCUUGAUUAAGGUUUGCUGGUCGGCACAGAGGAAGAUGGUGCUGGCGGAGAGCAUUGGCAAGUACAGGGUCGGCCGGACCAUCGGCGAGGGCGCCUUCGCCAAGGUCCGGCUCGCCGUCGAUGCCGAGACGGGCGGCUGCGUCGCAGUCAAGGUCAUCGACAGGAGCACGGUGCUCAGAAACAACCUCAUGUAUCAGGUGAAGAGAGAGAUCGGCGCGAUGAGGCUUCUCAAUCACCCCAACAUAGUCAAGAUACACGAGGUGAUCGCGACGAAGACGAAGAUAUGUCUUGUGAUGGAGUAUGUUCCGGGAGGGCAGCUCUCUGACAAGCUAAGUUACCUCAAGAGAUUGGAGGAGAGGGAAGCAAAGAAGUACUUCUACCAGCUGAUUGAUGCUGUGGACUAUUGCCACCGGAGAGGCGUCUUUCACAGGGAUCUCAAGCCUGAAAACUUGUUGCUAGAUAAUCAGGGCAAUCUCAAGGUAUCCGAUUUUGGCCUCAGCGUGCUAAGGAAGCCAGGGCAGUUGCUAUCCACAUCUUGCGGCUCUCCAUGCUACGUGGCUCCUGAGGUGAUUCAGCACAAGACUUACGAUGGGGCGGCCGCGGACAUCUGGUCAUGCGGCGUGAUCCUGUUUGAACUCCUUGCUGGUUAUCUGCCAUUCCAGGACUGCAGCUUGAUACACUUGUACAGAAGGAUAUCUCGAGCACAGUAUGCAUUACCGCAAUGGAUCACACUGCCUCAGAAGAAGAUUAUCUUGAGGAUACUGGAUCCGUCUCCUAUAACGAGAGCGAAGAUAAAUGAUAUCUUCGAUGACGAGUGGUUAAAAGAGGGCUACAAUCCAUCAGUAAGGAGAACUGAGAGUGAUGAUUGUGUUGAUCUUGAUGAGGCUGGCACAGACAGUGAUGGCAGUCACAGCACAGAGGUAAGGGAGGCUGGGGGAGCGAAUCCGGAGCCUGAGCAGUUCAUCAACGCGUUCCGGUUGAUAGCGACGUGCAGAGAUCUCGACUUGUCAGGACUCUUCCAGGAGCAGAAAACAAAGCUCGGCUCGCCGCAUUCGGUGCAGGAAACACUGGGGAUAAUCACAGCUGCAGCCAGGGAUGUGAGCUUGUCAGCGAGGAGAAUGGGCAGCUCCAUGGUAAAGCUUCAGGACAUCAGAUUGCUAUCAAGAAGCAUGCUGGAUCUUACACUCUCGGCCGAGGUGAUCCAGGUGACACCAGCACACUGCGUCGUCGAAGUGUCUAAGUCCAGCGGUGAUCUGAGAGCAUACAAAGAGUUCUGCACAAGCCUGUGCAGAUUGCUGACCGGGCGGGUGCAGCAGAAUGGCAGCUCAUCAGAUUUGGGGACCAACAAACUCUGAGUAAAGGAUGAUUAAUUCUGUCAAGAGAGCAAAACAGCCGAGGUAGCACAAGUGCGCAGCCUGCUAACAGAGUUUCCAGCUACGCUGUUUCGAUGGCAGCCCCCCCCCCCCCC